AUGGCAGUUCAAAGAAGCCAAAACAUUCUGGCCGUGUCGCUGUCCUUAUGGAUCUUACUGCUGGACACUAAUGUCAGGGCUCGGCCGGCUAACAUGUCCGCCCCGAAAGACAAGAGCUUAGCCAAUAAGGACGACAAUGAGAUUCUUCCGCCAGACCACCUGAAUGGCAUGAAGAUGGAGCUGGACGGCCACCUCAACAAGGACUUUCACCAGGAGGUCUUCUUGGGCAAAGACAUGGAGGAGUUUGACGAGGACUCUGAGCCCAGGCGGAACAGGAAGAAGCUUAUUGAAAUCUUCUCUAAAGUGGAUUUCAACAAGGACCACAGUGUGAGUGCCAAGGAAAUGCAGCGCUGGAUUAUGGAGAAGACAGAGGAACAUUUUCAAGAGGCCAUGAAAGAGAAUAAGAACAGCUUCCAUGCCGUCGAUCCAGACGGCGACGGUCACGUGACAUGGGAUGAAUACAGAAUCAGGUUUCUUACCAGCAAAGGUUUUACUGAAAAGGAACUUGCAGAGAAAAUCAAGAAUAAUGAAGACCUUAAACUGGAUGAAGAAACUCAGGACGUUCUGGAGAGCCUGAAGGACCGCUGGUUUCAAGCUGACAACCCACCAGCAGACCAGCUGCUCAAUGAGCAGGAGUUCCUUUCCUUCCUGCACCCGGAGCACAGCAGAGGCAUGCUCAAAUACAUGGUCAAGGAGAUCAUGCGAGACUUAGACCAGGACGGCGACCAGAAGCUGACAGUGUCGGAGUUCAUCUCUCUCCCUGUGGGUACUGUGGAGAACCAGCAGGGCCAGGAAAUGGAUGACGACUGGGUCCGCGAGCGGAGGAAAGAGUUUGAGGACGUUAUGGACUCGGACCACAACGGCAUCGUCACCAUGGAAGAACUGGAGGAGUACAUGGACCCAAUGAAUGAGCACAACGCUCUGAACGAGGCCAAACAGAUGAUCGCGGUGGCCGACGAGAACCAGAACCACAAUCUGGAGCUGGAAGAGAUUCUUAAGUACAGCGAGUACUUCACUGGCAGCAAACUGAUGGACUAUGCCAGGAACGUCCACGAGGAGUUCUGAAGACGCCAUGUUUUUUUUUUUUAAUGUCGACUCGAGUUGGCUAGUCUCGUUGGGGUGCGGACUACGUUCAGGCAAAGCGGCUGUACUCUUGAAUGUGUCGCACCAUGUUCACAAUUGAUGAGUGCGCAUUUGCAAUAUGUGCAUAUGACAUGUAUCCCUGGAUAGGACUGAAAGAGCAGUUUGUGAGUGUACAGUGUAAAUAUUCAAUAUCACUCGCAUGCAGCAAAUUUAUCUUGCUCAUUAAAGUGGUGUUCACGUAAUAGUUCAUUAAAUAAAAGACAAGUAAUGUAACAGAUUAAUAUAUGAUCACAAAUGCUCAGGUGUCAGCAAAACUCUAGCGCUUAUUUAGGUCAGCUGAUAUUCUUGCCCAAAUAUAUAUUUAUAUGAGCACCACUGUGUCACAUAGGCUCAUUUUGGAAUUAUGUUUUUUUCUUUAGCAGGUUUUAAAGUGUACAUAAAUGUGGUCCAGAAGUCUGUAGUUCUAUUCCCUGUAGUGUUGGAACGCUGCUCAGUGAUGUGUAAGAAAAAGGGCAACAUUGUGUCACACCUGUUGCAGAGGCACUGCGAAAUAAAUAUUUCCUUACCAAAUGAUCA